GAGAGAGAGAGGCGGAGGAGAGAGAAACCACUAGUCUCCAGCCGCCUCGCCUCGCCUCGCCUCCCCCCUCGCCGCCUCCGCUCCCGCGCCGCGCGCCGCCGCUCGAGGAGGAGGAAAGCCCCCAGGGGUUGGCGCCGCGGACGGCGGCGCCGGCGCCGGCGCCUGCGGAAGGCCUCGAGAUCUCGCGGCGGCGCCGCCGGCUUGUGUUUCGGCGGGGGGCGGCGGCGGCGGCGCCCGGUGAGUUCGCUCGAUCCCCCUCGCCGCGGGAGCGCCCAAUCGAGCUGCUCGCCCCUCGAAUCGAGGGUUCUUGCGGUCGGCCUCCUGCUCCCCAGGCGACCGCGGAAUAAGCUAGCCCUCUCGCUUCGGGAGGGUUAGGGUUAGGUCUUCCGGAAUUGCGGUGGAAUUCCGCGGCCAAGGAGGCGCAUUGGUACCGCGGGGAGGUGGCGCUACGUGUCUCCGCGCCAGCAAUGAUGGGGAAGACGCACCGGUUCUCCAAGGGGCACCCGCUCGGCUUUGUGCCGGACUACCGGCAUGGGGUGGAGACAGUGGGGGAGUCAAAGGGGCUCGGGAGCCCGGCGAGGAUCGACUCGGGGAGCUCCUGCGCACCGCCCAAGAGGAAAUGCACCAGCGUGAAUUCGGAGGAGGGAGAAGGGGCCUCGGGGUUCAAUGUGCGCCGGGAGGUGUUCUCGCUGCCGCGGAUGACAGCUUUGGAUAGGAAGGACCUGGAGAUGAGGCUCCGUGACGAGCUUGUGCAGGUGAGGGCCCUCCAGAAUAGGCUGUUCCCAAGAGGGCCUGCGGUCAGCAUGAAUGGUGGAGCGGCGUCGGCACCCGGAGGUGGUGCUGAUGUGCACCCCAAGAAAAAGGUUGAGAAACUCAAGCGAAGCAAUUCGGUGCAGUUGGACAGGGGAGUGCCUCCACCAGUGGCCGUGGCUCCACCUGUUGCCAGCUCGGCUAACUACACAGCAUCGUUUAAGCAAUGUGCCAACCUUCUGAAGUCACUUAUGGCCCAUGCCUGGGCGAACCCGUUUCUUGCCCCGGUUGACGUCGUAAAGCUGAACAUCCCUGAUUAUUUUGAUAUAGUCAAGCAGCCCAUGGAUUUGGGUACGAUCCAGAAAAAGAUGAAUGCAGGGAGGUACCCUACACCUCUGGAAUUCGCUGCAGAUGUGAGGCUUACUUUUAGCAAUGCUAUGAAUUACAAUCCGGUCAAUAAUGAUGUCCAUGUAAUGGCCAAAACUCUGAGCAAGAUCUUUGAAACUCGAUGGAGGCUUAUUGAAAAGAAGCUUCCUCGACCUGAUGAGAAGCCACCUCAACCAGAUGAGAAGCCUCCUGUAAGGGAGCCUGCAAAAAAGAACGCAACUAAGAGAGAUGCUAUUGAUAAAGAAGACCCCAUCAAGAAAAAACCCUCAAAGAAAAGCGCACCUAAGCAAGACAUCUUUCAGGAAGAAGAUUUGGUGGACAAUCCAGUUUUGCAACCAAAGAAGAGGAGAACCUCUCCUUUGGUUUCCUCUCCUUUGCUACAAGAUGCUCCAUUGGUAGAGGCCAUUGUUCCAACUGGAAAAAGAAUAAUGACGAGUGAGCAAAAAUAUGAUUUAAGUGCAAGGCUACAAUCAUACGGUGCAUUGAUUCCAGAUCAUGUAGUUGAGUUCAUAAGGAGUCAUGCUGAUGAUUGUGAUGCCGAUGAAGAUGAAUUAGAGCUUGAUAUGGAUGCCCUUGGUGAUGAUACGCUUUUUGAACUCCAGAAGCUACUUGAUGACUAUGACAGGGUUAAUCCGUCAAAAAACCUUACAGAAGAGGACCCUCAUGAGGUUGAGUCCCGAAGUCAGUAUGAGCUGGUCAAUCCAUCAGUAUGUCACGAAGAAGGCAAUGAGCUCAUCGAUGAGGAUAUUGACAUUGGGGAGAAUGACCUUCCAGUUUCGACACUUCCUCCUGUGGUAUUUGAAGUUGAAACAGCAGAUAGAAACAGCAAGCAUAGUACAUCUAGCAGCUCAAGUAGUGACUCAGAAUCAUCCUCUAGUGACUCCGAUUCAAGUAGCUCAUCUGGAAGUGAUACAGAUGCCAAAGCUCUUCCACAAAACAGCGGGUUAAAGGAAAAUGUUCUACCUGUGGAUAACUUGGAUCAGGAAAAGGGUUUACUGAACACAUUAAAUCUACCAGAGCAAAGUACAGACCCUAUAUCUGUCACUGCUGAUGGUGAGGGGGAAAAUGUGUCUGAGAAGCAGGUCUCCCCUGAAAAGCAAAUCCGAGCUGCCCUACUGAGAAGCCGCUUUGCUGAUACGAUUCUCAAGGCUCAUGAAAAGGCCCUUGACCAGGUUACAAAAAAGGAUCCUGAGAAGCUUCGGCGUGACAGGGAGGAGCUUGAGAGGUUACAAAGAGAAGAGAGAGCCCGGUUGCAAGCUGAGGCUAAAGCUGCAGAGGAUGCUCGCAAGAAGGCUGAAGCAGCAGCAGCUGCUGAGGCUGCUGCAGAAGCUAAGCGGCAAAGGGAGCUUGAGAGAGAAGCAGCUCGUAAAGCUUUGCAAGAGAUGGAGAAAACUGUCGACAUCAAUGAAGGGAGCCUCUUCCUGAAAGAUCUUGAAAUGCUCGGAAGUGCCACAGGUGAACAGAUACCCAACUCGGUUGGUGAAAUGAGUCCAACUGAUAUGCCAGAUGCCCUUGGGUUUCAACUGAGAGGCAACGCCCUAGAAAAGCUAGGAUUAUAUAUGAAAAAUGAUGAAGAGGAUGAGGAGGGUGAUUUCACAGAUGAACCUGUGGUUGAUGUUGAAGAGGGUGAAAUAGAUUAACUGCUUCUGGACCAUUUUUGAUACUUUACAGGAGGCCUGGUGGCAUGGCUGAUCUGCAUAGCUGUUCUUUUGAUAUCUUUGAUAUACAAAGUGGCCUGACGAAAGAUUGAGUCUCAUCAAAACCAGGUCCUGUAUUCACUUUUGUAACUGCCCAAGUUUUGGAGCCAAUUUUUGGCAAAUGUAGCAAGCCACAAAUGUGUUGGAAGCCGCAUUGUGGUCAUGUGAGCAGUUGCAAGGAGCGUGCUUAUCGUUUCGAUUGAGAAUAUCUCUGUACUUUCCAUAACCACGGGAUGGUUUGGUGAUUUUAUUGGAUAUAUGAUGAUGCCAUAAAAGAGGAUGGAAAAGGGGGAAAGGAUCGAGGGAAAGCAUAAGGAGUGAUGGUUCUUGGCUCUUGAACACCUUAUGUAUGAGCCAUUUUUGAGGGUUAGUUUUAGAGCCAUUUUCCUGUUGUGAAUGUAAUAUCGGAAACUGUACAAAAGUUAGGCUGAUAGAUGGAGAACACUGUCUUUAAUUUAUGCAGUCCUGUUCGUCAUUGAUAACUCUUUAUCUUUUUUAGUACUAGUUCUCAUGAGAUACUGCUGA